ACCUCGUUGAUUUCUUGUUUCUUCUUUCUUUUGUCUGUUUCCUUGCUGUUGUCUCUCUUGUCCCCAACCCCUAGUGCAGAGUUCGCCUCUAUCUCAUCUUCCCACCAGUUCCAAAUCUGCUCCAAGAGAACAGCCUCAACAUAUGCUGAAUCCACUGCUCUGCCUGCCGCAACUUCCUCGGCUUCAUUUUAUCUGCACCCAUUAGAUUUCUGACUUCUAUCAAUGCUUCCCUGUUGUUGCUGAGCGAUGUUUGCGGUGGGCUAAAUUGGAAUUGGGGAACGGUCAAGGUGCUCGGGAAGGUUCCCAUCAUGCAACAUUUUCUGUUUGGUUGGCUUGUCAAGUGGGAGAGUAGCAUCUUGUAGUUCUGUGGUAAUCAAUACAGAGGAUCGAAGAGAGUAAUCAAUAUUCUUGUUUGUGUUGUAGCUGCAUACGAGAGACUGGACUUUACAGUAGCAAAUUCGAAUUUACUUGCGUCCUGUAAUAUGAAUUCUAUCAAGCAUCUUUUUCCCGCAAACCCUGGAUUUAGUGGUGCCCUGAAGUAUUAUAGAGCAUUUUGCAAUUUCUCUCUCAAUUCAUCCAAACUUAGGAGAGUGGAAGUUCAGUCUCCUGAGCAGGAAGUAGUGAUUGCUUUGGGAAGUAAUGUAGGUGACAGACUUCAUAACUUCCAUGAAGCAAUGCAGUUAAUGAAGAAAUCAGGCAUACACAUUACAAGACACGGUUGUUUGUAUGAGACUGAGCCUGCCUAUGUGACUGAUCAGCCUCGCUUUCUCAAUUCUGCUGUUAGAGCUGUUACAAAACUUGGGCCGCAUGAAUUGUUAGGCAAUCUUAAGAAAAUUGAGAAAGAAAUUGGUCGUACUGAUGGUAUAAGAUAUGGUCCAAGACCAAUAGAUUUGGAUAUACUGUUCUAUGGAAAGUUCAGAGUUAGUUCUGAUAUACUUACUGUACCACAUGAGAGAAUUUGGGAAAGACCCUUUGUAAUGGCCCCCUUGAUGGAUUUACUGGGAUCAACUAUUGACAAUGAUACAGUUGGUUACUGGCAUUCUUUUUCAGCUCAUUCUGGCGGACUUGUUGAAGCAUGGAAAAAAUUGGGAGGUGAAUCCCUUGUUGGGAAGGAAGGAAUGAGAAGGGUUUUGCCAAUUGGGAAUCAGUUGUGGGACUGGUCACAGAAAACUUCUAUAAUGGGUAUACUUAAUUUAACCCCAGAUAGCUUCAGUGAUGGAGGGAAGUUCCAAUCAGUGGAGGCUGCAGUAUCUCAAGUUCGCUUAAUGAUUUCACAAGGGGCAGAUAUCAUUGACAUCGGUGCACAAUCUACACGACCAAUGGCCUCUAAGCUUUCAGCUGAAGAAGAAUUACAUAGACUACUUCCCAUCUUAGAGGCUGUUGUAGGAAUGCCUGAGAUGGAGGGAAAACUUAUAUCCGUAGAUACUUUCUAUUCGGAAGUUGCUUCAGAAGCAGUCAGUAAGGGAGCUCAUCUUAUAAAUGAUAUAUCUGCUGGACAGUUAGAUCCUAACAUGUACAAAGUUGUUGCCAAUCUCAAGAUUCCUUAUAUAGCUAUGCACAUGAGGGGGGACCCAUGUACAAUGCAAAAUAAUGAGAACCUGCAGUAUGAUGAUGUCUGCAAGCAGGUUGCCUCUGAACUGUAUUCCAGAGUUGGAGAUGCUGAACUAGCAGGUGUUCCAGCUUGGAGCAUUAUUAUUGACCCUGGAAUUGGAUUUUCAAAGAAGACUGCAGAUAAUUUGGAUAUCCUUAUGGGUUUACCAACACUUCGAGCAGAAAUGGCAAGGAAAAGUUUGGCGGUAUCCCAUGCUCCUCUAUUGAUUGGGCCUUCAAGAAAGAGAUUCUUAGGUGAAAUUUGUAGUCGCUCUGCUGCAGUGGAGCGGGAUCCUGCAACUGUUGCUUCUGUAACUGCCGGUGUACUGGGAGGUGCAAACAUUGUAAGAGUACAUAAUGUGAGAGAUAAUUUAGAUGCUGUGAGACUCUGCGAUGCAAUGCGAAUCCAUAGAUCUCUUGCAUGACAUUUUUAGGAGAUCAGAAAAUUAUAUUAGCUCACAAAGUUACCAGACUUGAUCGUCCAAGGCUGGUUUUUUGUUAUGUGAAGAAUUAAAACACAAGGGAAAGUUGCGGAAGAAGAAUAACAGAGAGGAGAUCUGACACAGAGUGGAAGCACAAAGAAAAAAGAAAGCUGGGAGAGAGAAAUAAUCUUCUAUUUAAUUCCUCUGUGACUUUUACAAGGCAAAAUAGGUGGAGAUUCAAUGAUGUCUUAUCUCCAUCUAAAAGAGGGAGAGAUUAUUCUUACAUUUUAUUUCAUUGUAUUUUUUUUUUUUUUGUUUUAUUCUUAAAUUUUAAUUUUUUA